AUGGCUAAAGGCAAAGGUCCGGUCAGGAAGCACCACGCCUUUCAUGGUGUGAUCAUGGUGUGCGGUUGGCUGCUGCCUCCGCUUGCCGUGCUCAUCCGCUUCGGCGUGGGUCUGGAUCUGGUGAUCAACAUCAUCUGCACCAUCUGCGGGUACAUCCCUGGUCACGCGCACAACUUUUGGAUCCAGAACAUCCGAAACAACAAGAACGCGCGACACUCGCCCUCGUGGGCCAUUCGCUACGGACUCGUCAAGGACUACCGCGUCAAGCGCACUGCCAACGGCUGGUCCGACCGAUACGGCGACGGUGCGACGCAGUGGAAGAACCAGGAGGUCAUCGUGGACCCCAUCACGGGCGAGACGCGCCGCGACCCCGAGUCGGCUCGCAAGACGGGCAACGUGCGUUCCGGCAGCCACUUCCUGGCGCCUUGGGCGGACAAUGUGGACGACAGCCCGCGCGCCGAGCGCGAGGACCCAUCCGACCCGUACGCAGAGGAGAGGAGGCAGAACGCCGGUCGACCGGGCAACGUGACUCGCGACCCCAUCACGGGUGCUCUGCUCGACGGCGGCGCCGGUGGUGGAGGCUCGCUGUCGCGCAGCAGCUCGCGACGCAGCCUCGGAAGCCGCUACGCCGAGCGCUACGGCAUCGGCACCGAGGCCUCGUCCAGAAGCUCGCUCAGCUAUGCCAACGAUGCAAAGGAGUCGAACGGCGGCAGCAAGUGGGGCCGCUCCAACUCGUCCAAGAACAAGAAGAAGGACCGCUGGGCUCGAGAGGCCGAUGCGCUCGGCCACCCGUCGCAGCAGUCGUACGGCUCGGACAACUACAGCUUUGACGACAACUCGCGCACCGCAGACACCGCCGCACCCAACCGCUCCAGCCGCAUCCGCGACCCCCUUGCAGACCGUCACGAUUUCUGA